AUGAUAGACAAUGUUAUUAUCGCAGAAAUACCAAACCCAUAUACAGAUCCCACUUUACACGAAAUAGUAAAAACUAAUAUGAUUCAUGGGCUAUGUGGUGCAUUCAAUAACAAUUCUCCAUGUAUAAAGGAAGGUGCAUGUAGCAAGCAUUAUCCUCGAUCACUAUUAAAUGAAACACAGACAGGAGAUGAUGGUUAUCCAAAAUAUCGAAGAAGAUCCACGGAAGAUGGAGGCUUCACUGUCAGGAUUAAAGAAAUGGUGCUUGACAACCGUUGGGUAGUUCCAUAUAAUCCAGUUUUAUUGCGCAUUUUUGGAGCACAAUUUAAUGUUGAGAUUUGCAACUCCAUAAAGUCCAUCAAAUAUAUUUGCAAGUAUGUAAAUAAGGGAGGCGAUCAAGCUGCUUUUGCUUUAGAAAAUGAUAAAGAUGAAAUAAAAAUGUACGAAUCAGGUCGCUAUAUUAGUUCCUCUGAAGCGGUUUGGAGAAUAUUCGCAUUCCCAAUUCAUGAAAGAUAUCCCCCCGUAUAUCAUCUUGCAGUUCACCUAAAAAACGGACAGCGUGUGUAUUUUAACUCCAGCAAUAUAUUACAACAAGUAGAAAAUCCUCCUCAAACGACACUUUUGUCUUUUUUCGAAUUGUGUAAAGUUGAUGAGUUCGCCAAAACGUUGCUUUAUACUGAAAUUCCGUCAUACUACGUUCUAAAAAGCAAUAAAUUCGAAAGAAGAAAACGUGGUAAACGCAUCGAGGGAUGGGAAGAUAUUAGAAAAGACGAUGUAUUGGGACGGGUGUUUACAAUUCAUCCAAACAAUACUGAGUGCUUCUACCUCAGACUACUUUUACAUGUGGUUAAAGGUCCUACAUCAUUUGUAGACUUAAAGACUGUAAAUGGUGUAGAGCAUCCUACUUUCCAUUCUGCCUGUUUGGCUUUAGGAUUGCUAGAGGAUGAUAAACAUUGGGAAAAUGCACUAGAAGAAGCAGGUUUGUGUGAUUACCCUUCAAAACUUCGUGAUCUUUUUGCCAUUAUGUUGGUUAAUUGCCAGUUGUCUAAUGCAGCAAGUCUCUGGGAUAAACACAAAGACAAUUUAUCAGAGAAUUUAUAA